AUGAUUCACCGUGACCAUUUAGAGCAGUUCUCUAGGCUUAGAGAUUACAAAGAUGCAAUCCUUACGACUAAUCCUAACUCCACUGUGGAGUUAGACACUAUCAUUGGGCAAUUGUUAGCUGCUGUUGGAAGGGACACCAAUAAUGGCUUGUAUCACAUUGCUUGGGCUGUUGUUGAUGUUGAGGAUGAGGAGAACUUUAUUUCUGAUAGACAAAAUGGCUUGUUAAAUGCAGUAGACAAGGUGUUGCCUCAUAUUGAACAUAGAAUGUAUGCUAGGAACAUCUAUGGUAACUUGAAGAAGAGAAAUCCGGAGAAAUGCAGCUUAGCUUUCUGUUCACCUACAGCCAAAUGUGUUGAUGUUCACAACAACAUAUCAGAGUCGUUCAACAAUAUCAUAGAUCCAGCAAGAUACAUACCAAUGGUUGAGAUGUUGGAGACUAUUAGGAGAAGAACCAUGGUGCAUAUUGAUUUGAGGAAGACUGUGGCCAGUCAGUAUACAGGUCGAAUCACUGAGAGGGCAAAAGAGAUCUUAGAAGAAGAAGAAGCUAAGAACAUAAAGUACUGCUCAUUUGUCCCAGGUGGAGAAGGUAGAUUCGAUGUUCGUGAGUGUGGUGUAAGUUAUAGUGUGAAUCUUAGGCUGAGGACAUGUGUUUGUAGAAGAUGGGAAAUGAGUGGAAUUCCAUGUCGCCAUGCUCUACGUGUGAUCAUCGAGAAGAAGCUUAAUCGUGAAGAUUACAUUAUCGAUUGGUAUUUGAACUCGAGGCAGCAAUGUAUUUAUAGUGACUCGAUUGCACCAAUUAAUGGUAUCUUGUUUUGGCAUAGAUCUGGUUAUGUUGUGGUGCCACCUGCUGCUUUAGUUGAACAGAUUGAAAACAGGAAAUGUAAGAAACCAAAGCUGAAGAGGAAGAAAGCAAGGCAUGAGUCUCCUACAAAAAAGAAGAAGAACCUUAGUAGAGAGAAUAGGAUCAUGCAUUGUAGUCUAUGUGAUUACCCUGUACACAACAACUUAAAGUGUCCUAAUGUUGGAGUCGAGAGAUACAAACCACCAAGCAAGACACCAAGGAAGAAGAAGCAGCCAUCAAUUGCAACUCAAGGAACUCAAGGAAAUCAAGCAAGUGAAGGAAGUCAAGCAACACAAACAACACACGCAACACAAGACUAA